CGACGGGCGGCCUGAGCGGCUAUGGGCCGAGACUGGGGCUUCCUGAUCGGCCUCCUGGGCACCGUGUGGCUGCUAGGCUCGGGCCACGGCGGGCAGCAGUCUCCGGAGACGGCGGCGCAGAGGUGCUUCUGCCAGGUUAGUGGUUACUUGGAUGAUUGUACCUGUGAUGUUGAAACCAUUGAUAGAUUUAAUAACUACAGGCUUUUCCCAAGAUUGCAAAAACUUCUUGAAAGUGACUACUUUAGAUAUUACAAGGUAAAUCUGAAGAAGCCAUGUCCUUUUUGGAAUGAUAUCAGCCAGUGUGGAAGAAGGGACUGUGCUGUCAAACCUUGUCAAUCUGAUGAAGUUCCUGAUGGGAUUAAAUCUGCAAGCUACAAGUAUUCUGAAGAAGCCAAUAAUCUCAUUGAAGAAUGUGAACAAGCUGAACGACUUGGAGCAGUGGAUGAAUCUCUGAGUGAGGAAACACAGAAGGCUGUUCUUCAGUGGACCAAGCAUGAUGAUUCUUCAGACAACUUCUGUGAAGCUGAUGACAUACAGUCCCCUGAUGCUGAAUAUGUGGAUUUGCUCCUUAAUCCUGAGCGCUACACGGGUUACAAGGGACCAGAUGCGUGGAAGAUAUGGAAUGUCAUCUAUGAAGAAAACUGUUUUAAGCCACAGACAAUUAAAAGACCUUUGGCUUCUACAAUUAAAAGACCUUUGGCUUCUGGUCAAGGGAAAAGUAAAGAGAACACUUUUUACAGCUGGCUAGAAGGCCUCUGUGUAGAAAAAAGAGCAUUCUACAGACUUAUAUCUGGCCUACAUGCAAGCAUUAAUGUGCAUUUGAGUGCAAGAUAUCUUUUACAAGACACCUGGUUGGAAAAGAAAUGGGGACACAACAUUACAGAAUUUCAACAGCGGUUUGAUGGAAUUCUGACUGAAGGAGAAGGUCCAAGAAGGCUGAAGAACUUGUAUUUUCUCUACUUAAUAGAAUUAAGGGCUUUAUCUAAAGUGUUACCAUUCUUUGAACGCCCAGAUUUUCAACUUUUCACUGGAAAUAAAAUUCAGGAUGCAGAAAACAAAAUGUUACUUCUGGAAAUACUUCAUGAAAUCAAGUCAUUUCCUUUACAUUUUGAUGAGAAUUCAUUUUUUGCUGGGGAUAAAAAAGAAGCACACAAACUAAAGGAGGACUUUCGAUUGCAUUUUAGAAAUAUUUCAAGAAUCAUGGAUUGUGUUGGUUGUUUUAAAUGUCGACUGUGGGGAAAGCUUCAGACUCAGGGUUUGGGCACUGCUCUGAAGAUCCUGUUUUCUGAGAAAUUGAUAGCAAAUAUACCAGAGAGUGGACCCAGUUAUGAAUUCCAUCUAACCAGACAAGAAAUAGUAUCAUUAUUUAAUGCAUUUGGAAGGUUUCACUUACUGUUACACUUUUGUGAACUUACUACAUCAGUUAUUAAAAAGUUGAAAGAUACGGAAUUCCAUAUAGAGCACGCCAAUGAAUAUACAGGCUUUGAUUUUUAUAGGAAAAUUUCCUUCCAGUUUGGUGUACGAUAUGAUAUUCCAGUGUGA